CUUUGAGAGGUCAUCUGAGGGCAAUUAGACUCCUGAUUAGCAGCAGUUGUGCACAACAAUGCUCGGCGCGCUACCAGAUGAUAUCAAUUUGCACGUCGUAGACUUCUGCGCGCCGGACUGCGUCGGACCACUUGCGGUUUCAUCGCGCGCGCAGCGCGACCUGCUGAAAAAAGACGACCUUGCUUGGUGCGGACGUCUUGUUGCGCGCUGGCCACGCGAGGGCGCGGCGCUGUGCUCGGUUCGGCCGCGCGCUACUGCGCGGCAACUCUACCGCGCGUUCGACACGAGAAAGGACGCGCGGACGAAUAUCCUCCGGCGCCCGGAGCGCUGCGUCGGCAACGAAGCAUCGAAAAAGAUCCUAUACAGAAGGGACUGCGAGAAUGCCGACCCCGACAGACUCGUUUUCAUCGUCUGCGUCGGGCCUUUUGCCGGCGAAGCGGAGUGGGAUCCGAAUUCAGAUCUCGCGGCGGGAGUUCGCUGGGAGCCGGACGCGAGCGAGACACGUUUCGACGACGUCAAGCUUCCUGAGGGCACCGAAUGGCACAGGAUGGGUUCCGAGGAGUGCGAGGAGGCCGUGGGCGUUCACGUCGCCCAGACUCUCCACGUCAUCGACAUGCGGACCCUGAGGUGCGUGACGCUCUUUUCGGACAUGCUGACCUGGUCGGUCGAAGUAAUGGAUGGGUACGCCCGCUAUGCUCUGCCCGAGGACGAUGGCAACUUGCAGGCGUAUUCCUCUGACACGGCCUUCUUUAGACAUAAUUUAUUGACGGAAUUCCCUGAAGAUUAUGGUUACGGCCGGCUGGAAAACUUAUAUGAUGCCGGGCGCCUGGGCUCUGUGGGAGCCUAUGCGAUCGAGCACACCAUGGCCGACCCCACACUCCAGCUUUUUCACGACGAUUCUGGCGUACUGCGCCUGAAACAUGUUCACGUGAACUUCGCUCACGGCAGCGCUUUCGUCACGAUGAGGUCGCAUAUCGAAGUGAGUGAGUUUUUUAUCGAUAUGAUCGAGCAGACUCACGACGCUGCUUGGUUGAGAGCGCCCCACCCAGCCGAUGCUACUGCUUGGUUUGACAAUGGCAAUGGGCUCGCCGACAACCGGCGUCGGGGCGUGCGCGAGAUGGGACCAACCCCUUUGGCUCUCGCCGAUGCCGGGGCGUGGUAGAAGCAACAGCCUUUAAAUUAUCACAUUCACUGACCUUCCGCGCCAUCGCCUCGCCGCUGCAGACACCGUUAACACCAC